UCUUUUAAAGAAAGAUGUGUAGGAUUCAAAUGUCAAACUUGAUGAAAUAACGUCACAGGUUCCAAUAAAUACAGGUUAAAUCUAGAUCGAACAUUUCAAGAUCAUUUUCUUAAGGAACAAUAUUUCCCCCCUGCCUAUAAACAGAAACUGGUCUAUGAUACAAUACCAACAUACUGAAAUGAAAGAGAAAUAGAGAGGCAUAUGCUUUUUUUUUUCUUGUCGGAGUGAUAAACGAAGCUGCACAAACAACUAAAAAAAAAAAAGUUUUUUUUUUUCUUUAUUCCUUUAAAAACAGCCAUGUCAAACACAGAUCAAGAUGAAUCAGGAGUGACUAUUAUUUCAGAAUCUAUUCAGAAUGAUAUAUCCUUGCUUACAAAGAGCAAUAUACCACCUAUGACAGAAGAGGAAAUCAAACAAGCUAAACUUUGUCAGUUAUGCCAAACGAAUGAUUGGAUCUAUACCUGUCCUCGAUGUCUAAUCCAUACAUGUUCUGUUGAUUGCGUCAAAAAACAUAAACAAGAAGAAGAAUGUUCUGGUAUACGUGACAAAACAUCCUAUGUAGCCUUACAGAAAUACAAUGAAGCCAAUAUGAUGAGUGAUUAUACCUAUUUAGAAGAUGUAUCAAGGCAAACAGACAAUUUUACAAGGAGUAGAUUAGAUAACCUUCGAGAUUUAAAGGCAAAAGGUGCAGAGAAUAGAGCAAGAACACUAUCGAAAUUUGCAAACCAAUUAGGAAUUCAUUUUUCGUAUUUGCCUAUUGGUAUGAGCCGAAGCAAACUGAACCAAACAAAUUAUAGUAAAAAUUUAAAGCAGAUUUUUUGGUCUGUUGAAGUCAAUUUUUGUAAAGAUCAAAAACGAGAGCGUUAUAUUGAGCAUUCGUUCCCUAGCAACAAGCCUUUUUAUGCGUUUUUCGAGAACCUGCUGCUAUGCAAUAAUCCACAAGGCAAAGGUGCUUAUGCCACUAUUCGACAUCAGCUCAGGAAUUUUAUUGUUGCAGGCAUUGAUCAGUUUGUGAUUGCCCUGAAAAAAGAAAAAGCUCCUCGAGGCCAUUUUGUAGAUAUGACAACAGUUCUUCAUGCACUUUUCAGGGACGUACUAAAAGACGAGCAAGUAAUUGAAUUUCCUAUUUUCUAUAUUUGGCUUAAACAAGAUCCACAACCCUCUGAAGUAUUAGUAUUGGAACAAAAGAAACAACCCCUUAUUAUGCCAUUACCAGAAACGAGCUCUUUGACAGAAUCAACUGUAGAAAAUUAAUAUGGACAACGUGUUAUUCCCAAAAACAAUGGAAAUAAACAAGACCAAAAAUAACUUUUUUUUUUU